AUGGGGUCAAAAAUGUCGAAACCCGGCCGGGGAGGUAACCCUCUCCUUGCGGCCCGUGUACGAAAGCCGACACCUUAUAAGUCGCCGUCAAGAAAUAGACCGCCAUACUCUACACCAAACAGCCCUUCUCCUGUCAACCUCACACGAACGACUCUUCAGGUCGCAACCUCACUCCACCUCGGCCAAUCCGUCCGGUCGACCCUCCUCCCUCUGACGCCUCCCCAGCGGGCUCGAGUUCGCUGCGCCAUUCACAUUCAUCAUCCGACCCUCCUUGACUACUGGCCAAGCGAGCAGACACUUGCAUUCUGGGAGUACGAGAGAUGUGAAGAGGAGAGAAGGGAGCAGGGCCGACGAUGGGAAGAGGAAUUUAGUCGAGACAUAAACACUUUAGGUUUGACAGAAGCCAUGAGGAGAAGAGAAGAGCAGUACAGAGAAACGCCGCGGGCGCGGGCAACGGGUUUGGAUAAGGAGUUGCCCCAGAUACCAGAGUCCGCACACCUGCCCAGCGCAGGCCUCAAGAGGACCAACGCAAUUCGAAGCAUAACAGGAACCCUCCACGCCCAGCCCGGUCAACAGGCGCACAUAACAAGCAUUGGGUUGCAUCGAACAAACACGCCCAGACUUCGCCCUGGACACAGUGGCGUGCUGCGUGUAGUAAAUCCAGAUGAGACCGAGUCGCCGGAGCCGAGAUUGCCUUCGUUGCCGGAGCGGACGAGUGGGAGUGGUUUCUGGUUCUGA